GGCUACAUGUGGCAACAUUAACAACAGCAGUGGAAAACGAGGUAGAAAAGGAUGGAAGAGUCAGAUAAAAGAGCCAGCGAGAGAAUAAACGAUGCCAAGACCCGUGGAAGACCAGAACUCAAAGGUGACUCGGGAUGGAAACAGUUCAACUACUCCAAGACAUUCUCUCUUGCCAAGGAGACCGUUAAAGACAGUUGUCCUAGGAUUAACUACACCGAAGUAGACCAGCAGACCUUUGCGGAGCGUUACGAGAGAUCAAGUCAACCGGUCGUGAUAGUAGACGGUCAGCGGAACUGGGCAGCAGGUGACAAAUGGACUCUUGAGAGGUUAAAUCGUAAAUACCGUAAUCAGAGAUUUAAAUGUGGCGAAGAUAACAGUGGCUACUCAGUCAAGCUCAAAAUGAAAUAUUACAUUCAUUAUAUUCAUAAUAACGAAGAUGAUAGUCCUAUGUAUAUUUUUGAUAGCUCUUUUGGUGAGCAUCCUAAGAAGUGUCAGUUGUUAGAAGACUAUUUAAUCCCAAAGUAUUUCCAAGACGAUUUAUUUCGAUACGCUGGAGAGGCCAGGAGACCCCCAUACAGAUGGUUUGUAAUGGGUCCGGCUAGAUCAGGUACUGGUAUACACAUUGAUCCAUUGGGAACUAGUGCUUGGAAUGCUCUUGUCAGUGGAUACAAGAGGUGGGCAUUGUUUCCUCCUCAUACUCCAAAGGAGUUGCUAAAGGUCCCAACUAGCAUUAGUGGCCACCAGCACGAUGAAGCAAUAGCAUGGUUUGCCAUGGUCUAUCCUAAAACGCAGUUACCUAGCUGGCCUAAGGACUGCAAAGGAAUUGAGAUAUUACAGUGUCCAGGAGAGACAGUAUUUGUUCCCAGUGGUUGGUGGCAUGUCGUACUAAACCUUGAUACUGCCAUUGCUGUUACACAGAAUUUCUGUAGUCCUGUCAACUUUCCUGUCGUGUGGCAUAAAACUGUUCACGGGAGACCCAAACUCUCCAAGAAAUGGUACCAAGCCUUAAAAGAAGAGAGACCUGAGCUAGCAAAGGCUGCAGAUGAAGUAGAUCUUACCCAAGAGACAGGCCUGCCCUCUAGUGAGAGCAGCGAUGACAGCAGUAGCAGCUCCUCAUCUUCAGAGUCUGAUCAGUCAGACUGUGAAUGCUCUGAAUGUGAAAGAAAGAAAAGAAAGAGAAGGAAAGUUGAUGAGAGAUGAGUAUCAUGUAAAGAUUAAGGUGUAACUGAUCACUCAAGGCUCUCCUCCUCUUAUAUACACAUCAACUAUUUAAAGUUUAUGAAAGAUAUUGCUAUUAAAGUUUACUAUGACAGAUACAGUGAAAUGUUUAUUUAUUUAUUGUUGUUGUUAGUGUAUGCCCAGUUCCUUGAAUAUUUCAGUUGAUAAUUGUUCUGGUUGUA